CCUAGAUGGUUCGGAGGACCAUGGUCUAUCGUGCUAGUGUCUCGCCCAGUUUUAGGUUAUCCCACGGAAUUCGCUCUUGUGUUCCCCUUAGCGGGCUUCAGCUGUGAUGUGCGCCUAAAUGGUCGUUUUCUCAGUGGGUUUGCUUCAAAUUUGUGCGCGCGCGAGCUUCUGACGUGCGCUUGACGCUAUGGUGAAGUUAAGAAAUUGUGUUUUAGUGUUGUGCCAACGGAUCAGGAGUGGAACCUUGCUUCUCAGCUUGCUGUUCGUCAGUGGAUAUCUAACUAAACCAGUGGGAUCUGACUCAACAUGUGGUCAUCCUGCCGUACCUGUGAACGCCAAAGUGUCACUCCCAAACGGAACGCUGUCUUCGGGGACCCUCGCUACCUACACUUGCGAUGACGGUUACGAAAUUUUUGGAUCGUCAACGAUAACAUGCGGUACCUCAGGAACAUGGCAAGGAGAAAUGCCAUUUUGUGGGACGAAUAUCGCUCUGCGGCGACCGGCGAACCAAUCGACGACUGUGCGAGGCGGAGCCGCCGGCAACGCCAACGACGGCGAGAAGACGACCGUCCACGAUGGAAAGAGAUGCACCGAGACGAUGAAAGAAACCUCCCCGUGGUGGAAGGUCGAUCUACUCCGCCCUUAUCCCAUCAAAGUUGUCCGAGUCACUACCAGAGGGUGCUGCGGACACCAACCACUUCAAGACUUAGAAAUUCGCGUCGGGAACAGCACUGAUCUCCAAAGAAACCCAUUGUGUGCUUGGUUCCCGGGAACAAUCGAGGAGGGCAUAACGAAGACUUUCACGUGCGCAAGGACCCUGGUCGGACAGCACGUGUUCUUGCAACUAGUCGGGGUCGAAGGUUCUUUGACGCUUUGCGAAGUCGAAGUGUUCUCAACGGACGAGUUCUCGAACGACCGGUGCGCCCCGGUGGGGGUGGGGAACGACGUGGAGCUGGCGGCGUUCGACCACACGUGCUACGAAUUCAACGUCGGCUCGGGGCGCUCGUUCGAAGGGGCGCGGGAGCAGUGCAAGUCCAACGGCGGCGACCUCCUCCACGGCCUCAAACCCAUCACCAACUCCUGGCUCCUCACCGAGCUCGACCGCCGGAAAGAGCGGCUCAAGACCCAGCUCGUCUGGAUCGGCGCCCAGAGGGAGCCCGGCUACACCUCCAGGACCUGGAAAUGGGUCAACGGUGAAGUUAUCGCCAAGCCAUCCUGGGGUAAAGAUCAGCCUAACAACUACAAUGGAGAACAGAACUGUGUUGUUCUCGAUGGUGGAAGGAACUGGCUGUGGAAUGAUGUUGGGUGUAACUUAGAUUAUUUGCAUUGGAUCUGCCAACAUACACCCUCAGUUUGCGGUAGUCCAGAUAAAAACCUGAAUACAACUAUCGAAGGAAAUGAUUUUAAGGUGGGGAAGGCAAUAUCUUACCACUGUCCCGAGGGACAUAUGCUUGUUGGUGACCAUAACCGUACAUGCAAGUCGGAUGGAUUUUGGUCUGGAUCUGCACCUACCUGUAAAUAUGUGGACUGUGGGAAGUUAGGUAAUAUCGAUCAUGGGGAGGUCAAGCUAACUGAUGGAAGAACAACACAUGGUGCCACCGCAGUCUACACUUGCGCAACAAACUAUACACUCAUGGGAAAUGCGCAAAGAACAUGUGGAGAUGGCGGAGUUUGGACUGGUGACUCUCCUCAAUGCCUGUUUGAUUGGUGUGCAGACCCACCACAAAUAGCUGGAGGGAUGGUGAAAACAUCAAGCAAGCGCACAGGCUCAAUCGCAUCAUACUCAUGCGAACCAGGCUUUAUUCUCUUUGGACAACAUGAAUUGACUUGCGGCCUGGGAGGAGAGUGGUCUGGCAAAGCCCCAUCUUGCAAAUACAUUGACUGUGGAGCGCCACCAAACAUUGAUAAUGGAAAAUAUCAGUUAUUAAAUGGCACUACAACUCAUAGCAGUUUGGUUGAAUAUUCUUGCGCGGAAGAUUACUGGCUUGAGCCCCCAGAAAAUCGGCGGCAAAUUUGUACAAGGGAAGGCAAAUGGUCAGCAGAGCCACCGUCAUGUGAACUGAUCACUUGCCCAGAGCCUGAUGUGCCUGCCGGAGGAUUUGUGGUUGGGUAUGAUUUCAAUGUCCACUCAGUAAUAGAAUUCCAUUGCGAAGCAGGUUACCUUCUCCGAGGAAAUCCGACGCUAACAUGUACCGUUCAAGGAGAAUGGUCUCACGAGCCUCCAACUUGCCAAUAUGUGGAUUGCGGUAAACUACCUUCUUUACCAUACGGUUCAGUUAAUUACCUCAAUGGCACAACUCAUCUGGAGAGUGAAGUUGUGUACAGCUGUGUCCAUAAUUACCGCAUCUCAGGAAAUCCGCGCCGGAAGUGUUUGGAAUCCCAACAUUGGAGUGGCUCUGCCCCUAAAUGUGAAGAAAUUAGAUGUCCUGAACCAGUUCUCGCUGAACACAGCAUUCUGUCAGUCACUGGCAAUGACAGGGUCUAUGGUCGUACGCUGAUCAAAACGUCUGACUCGGAAAGAUCAACCGCAACCUAUAAAAUUGGAGCUCUAGUUAAGUAUCGCUGUGAAAGAGGCUACAAAAUUCAAGGAGACCCUCUCAGCACCUGUGAGGAUACUGGACUGUGGAGUGGAGCUGUACCAGAGUGUGUCUAUGUUGAUUGUGGUAUGCCUGAAGAAGUCAAUCAUGGAACUUUCAAUUUGGCCUCAAAUGUGACCUACUAUGGAGCGGCGGUGCUUUAUGAGUGCAAUGAAAAUUAUGAAUUAGUUGGGCAUGCUCGGAGAUUAUGCCUGGAAAACGGAACAUGGAACUCAGAAACUCCUAAAUGUGAAGAAAUACACUGCAAAGAACCUGAAACUGAAGGAGGGCUGACUGCCAAAGUCUCCAUGUACAAUGUCGGAGGAGUUGCGCACUAUUCUUGUGCACGUGGACAGCUCAUGGAAGGCAAUUCCACAAGAAUCUGUCUCAAUUCUGGAAAGUGGGGUGGAAAACUUCCCAAGUGUUCUUACGUUGACUGUAAACAUCCUGGGAAGAUUGAAAAUGGAAGAGUGAUCGUGAUGAACUCUUCUACAAUUUACAACAGCGCAGUUGAAUAUCACUGCAUUCCCCAGUACCAGCGAAUUGGACCGUAUCUCCGCAAGUGUUUGGAGGAUGGAUCGUGGUCAGGAGAACAACCUCGCUGUGAAAUGAUGGCAAGCGAAGCCAGUGAAUCUCAAACUGUAGGAUAUGCAAUUAGUGUAGGAAUUGGAGUCGUUUUGUUUUUACUCAUUUUAUUGGGACUGCUUUUUUUAAGACUGAGAAAAGAAACGCCGGUCAAGAACACAGAAAAUGUGGAAGGCGCAAUAAGGAAAGAAGAACAGGGUGCAGCUGUAACGUUAUACGCGACUUUGAACGGCAAUGGACAUCCGAACAACAUCUAUGAUAACAUUCAUGACCCUGAAAGCAUGUACGAUUCUCCGUAUGAAGAGACAAGUCAUUAUGAACUUUCGCCAACUGCCAGGAGAAAUAACAGUGCCCAAGUCACAAUUAAUGGGGUUGCUGUUCGCUGAUUAGGACUUAAUAAAUUUUAGGAAUAAAUUUUACUAUGAAGAUUUGCUUGGAAUACAUUUUGGAAAACAUGCCCCACAAAUUGUUAGAUAUUCAUAUGUAUGUACAAGAGAGAAAAUCGAAGUUCUCGUCUUUGAAUGUACUUAUACGUUGAUCCAGGCUCAAAUCAUGGAAAUAUUUAGGCCCAAACCUCACCGAAGCCUUUUCAUUUAUGUUGGUCAUAAAGGUAAGAAGCUGUAAGGAUUUUAAUCCUGCAAAAGUUUCAUCUUCUGAUGCUGGGAAACAGUAUGUUUGGUAUUUUCACAGUUUUGGCAAUGAAUAAUUUCCUAAACUUCUACAUCAGCUACUUGUAUUUAGUUUUCUACCUAAAAAAAGUAACAUGAAUACUAAAACUAAUGAAAAAAAGGUAAUGAAGUUUAAAAAAGAAACUCAAAUUUUGAAACUUCAGUUGUCAAAAUAAUGAAUUUUCACAGGGAAGAAAAUUCCAACCUAAUCAACAAAUCAGCAGCGCAGAUCCAAGAAAUAUCUGCCCCUCAUCUUAAGAAAAAUCAAGUCAACGGAGUUUUUAGACAUUUUCAAUGUAAUUAUGUUUGUGGUAAAAAAUUAAGAAGUCCCAUCUAGCACUCAAUUGGAGAUGGGAAGUCUCCAAAAUUGCAAUCCAUUUAAGAAUUAAUCAGACAAGCAUAUGGUUUUCCCCGAUAUCUAACAAAGCCUGAAAUGAAGUCAACUUGAGGAUGGAACUCCCAAACCCUUGUAUCUCAGUUUGCAAUAUCGCAGACUUCCCGUCAUGUUUAAUUUCUUCUAUAGAAAACUUCUCAAUGUCAAUUCUUUGAAACUUCCAAUAUUUCCCUUCUCUAUGUGAAGAAAAUUCUUUGAAAAAUUCAAGAAAUUAUGUACGUUGAUUUGUUCUCCUUCGAAAAAAUAAAAUGGGAGCAGAGAUUUCAACACGCAAACAAGAUACGUGGUUUGGGACUAUCCUUGUCAAACUCCCUCGUGCCUUCAGGGUAUUGUUCUGGGAACUCACCUCUGUGAGAUUGAUUCCAAGCAAACUUUCAAUGUCAGUGGUGCCACUUGCGGCAAACAGUCCAAGUAUCCUAUUGAAGAAACUUUGAGUAUUUUUGCUGCAAAUGGCGGUACUGCUCAGUACCCUGUGAUCCUAUUUUCUUUGUUUUAUGUUUAUUUUGUACAUACAUUAUUUAUAUAUGUAAAAAUUUGAAGUUCCGACUGCAUAGAAUAUGUUAUUUCAAGGGGCUGUGUUUCUUUGUGCAGUUAUUAAUGAAUGGGUUUGUCACCUGUAAGAGAUAGAACCUAGUGAAUAGACCUUUUAUACUGCCGUGCUGAGGGAAAGUGCCACAUGAAUCUUUAGGUGUUUCCAAAUUUUUUUUGAUUGACAAAAUUAUAAAUAUCUUCCUCCAAUUUUCUAGACAAUUUUGCAUAAGCUGUAAAUCUCAAGGAAAAACAUGCUAAACUUUCCUCCAAAAUAAAUUUUAAAGGGGGAAAUGUAGUAACAUUUGAAGGCUACCACUUGUCGUCCUUCCUUAGCACGGUAGCAUAAGUAAAAUCACACGAAAAUUACAAUGAGCCUAUCAAUCCAUUCUGUAGUGCCCACUUUGUAAAGUUUACAAGCUGCUUUUGCAAAUUUUUUGUGACCGCGGACAGUUUUUCGUAGUCGUCAGUAGCCAGGUCUGCCAUAAGAGAGAUUUAAGCAAAACCUAGCCGAAAUAAACAACCAAUCUUACAGACUUUUUCUGAGGUAUAAUUUUAUUCAUUCUCAAGAAUUUGUUCUCUCUCCUAAUUUCAUUGUGUUGCAAAAACUAAAGCUUUUAAUAAAUUUAUAACAGCUUGUUUUUUUUGUUUAUUUGAGCAUCUCUCUCUCUAGAUAGAUGUAUAUGCUAACCGCUGAGAAUCCUGUGGAUCCGGAAAAUUUGGAAAAAGUGUGUUCCUAACUCAGCAAAUUGCCCUCAAAAGAGUGGAUUUCAGAAUUUCUUGGUGUGGCCAUAGUAUUUUCUGUGCAAUUUUACCAUUUGAAAGUCCUUACUUCUAGAAAAAAGCUGUAUCUCUUGCAUGCAACAGACCCACUGUAUCACUUCAUUUCCUUCAGUUUGUAAGACUUCCCUAUUCUUAUCACCUGCUCCAUUAAUAGCAUUUCCUCUUUCUUUCUCUGUGUUACAGUAGCAUGUAGAAUAUAGAUUAAUUUCUGUCCGAAUGCACUUUAUUUCAGAAACUUGACUGUCCCUCUCUUCCUCGUCAAAUUUUCAUUUAGAUUUCAGCUUUUUUUUAUCCUCCAACUUUUUUACAAACCAUUUCUUUCCUGUUUUUACAUCUAAGUUUACAGAAAAAUUAACGUAAAAUUUCUUCCUCAAUUAUGAUUGUAUCUGUAAUUACUUUAUACUAUGGCAUAAUAUUUUCAAAUGAUUUUUUCCUCACAAAUUUUUGCUCACUAUUUUUUGUGUCUUUAGUUAUGCCAUAACUUUAAGCUUAUUGUGUGUAUUAAAGAACUUAUGAUUUGUAAAUUUGUAAAGGUAAGGGUAGUUUUCGCUGCUUACACUGUUCUUUCUGCAGGAGAGAUUACAUGUAUCAAGACAAGAUAUGAAGAAUUAUCUUCAAUAUAUUCGCUGGCUAGCAGUUUUUUCUUUUUUCUUUUUUUUAGAAAUUUAUUCACAAACAUAACAGUUAGCCAGAAAUGUCUGAAGCAUAAAAUAAUUUCAAUUCAUAUAAUUUUCCAUGGGCGUGAAAUCUAAGAACAAUAAUUGUUUCCUAUGUACAUGACUGUAAUUUAGAACUGACCAUGUAAAAGGAGUUGGGCGUUUUUCUUAGUAUCAAACUUGACUAGUUGAGUUUAUCUCCAGUAAUGAUUUCAUAAUACCAUACAACAAAUUAAUUUUCAAAGUCAUUUUAAUCACUCAUUAUUAUCUGGGAAAAAAUGAAGAAAUGAAAAUCUUUUUAUGCUCAGUCUCUGAAUUUUAUCGGACAAGGAGUGCAAGAGAACUCUUUUGUAAGAAUUUUGUCAAAAAUUCUGCAAAGUCAUGCAAUUAUUUGUUAUCAGGUAUGCACUAACUUUAAUCUGUUAAAACAAGUCUAAAAGAAUUAUGCAGUUUUUGCUUCUGCAAAUCGUAAAAGGGUGAAAUCCAAAGUCGAAAAUGCCAAACUAAUUUAUGUUAUAAUUUUGCCUAUUUUGGUAUGUUAGGAAGACUGUCUUUCUCUGUUUCUUUUUGGUUGUGUAUGCCUGUGUACUUUGUAUUGUCUGCAACGCAGAAUUAUUCUUGUAUGGCAAACUGCUAUGGCCAUCUUUUAUUCGGAAGUCGUUGCACCCAGCAGACAUUUAAAAUUCUGAUAAAACCGUUUACAAGAUAAAUCAUGGCGCAAACAUUUUGUAAAAAGCUGAGAGUUAUGUUUCUAAAUUUGAUAAAAUGAAAAUACAAAAAUGAAGGUGUCGCCACAAAAGGAUGAAAAAAUCAAGAGAUUGGAUAAAGUAGUUAUUGCAGAAGCUUCUUUUACCUCCCAGUUUUAUACUAGUUUAGUGUCACUAUUUUUUUGCUAUAAAUAGAGCCUCAACUAUUUUAAAUGUAAAUACUGUAGAUUUUGGUACGUUGUUUGUUUAAGUGUUAUUUUUUUCAUAGAAACUUGUAAAUUUGUGUGCAAAAUUGUAGAUAGUAAUGUGAGAAGACCCAUUGUUAUAAAACUAGUUGAAAUAAAUAUUCUCAACAGAA